AUGGGAAAAGUAAAUUCCAAAUCUCACUCCUUAAGCGUAUUCAAAUCAAAGAAAAAGCAUCGUCAACAAUUAUCAUCACAUUCAAUGUCAUCUUUAUCAACCGUUUCAUCAUCAUCUUCUGAAACCACUACUUCACAAAAUACCAUCACAUCAUCCGAUGACUCAUUUCAUUAUGUCGGGGAUAGAAAAUUUUGUAAAUUUUCUGAAAAAUUGAAUUACGUAUAUCCUGUCGAUGAGGACGAGUCCGAUAGGAGUCAAACGCAACAUUUUAUGUAUAAGCAUGUAUGGGACGGAAAUUUUUCUGCUCCCGUUGAACAAAUGUUACAAGAUGAGUCCACCAAAGUUUUAGAUAUUGGUUGUGGACCUGGAACCUGGAUAUUAGACAUGGCAUCCGAGUAUCAAAAUGCCCAUUUUACAGGGAUCGAUGUUGCGGAACUCUAUCCAUUAGAGAUCAAGCCAAAAAAUGUUUCAUUCGUUCAAGCAAAUGUUCUUGAAGGUCUACCUUUUGAUGAUAAUACAUUUGAUUUCGUGUAUAUGCGUUUCAUGCUUUUCGCGUUCACCUUGAAAAAUUGGGAGGUUGCUAUAAAAGAAUUGAUUAGAGUCUGUAAACCUGAUGGUUUUAUUGAAAUGAUGGAAAAAGACAUCUUUUGGUAUAAUGAAGGUCCAUUUUGCAAGUCCGCUCGCACAGUUAUGGCGGAUGAAUUAAGAGAACAGAAAAAUAUUGAGGUGGUGAUCACACCAAUCUUACAUAAAAUCCUAUCACAAUAUACUGAAGUAAAACAUGAGGUAAAAAUCAUUCCCUUUGGCGAGUGGGGAGGAAAAUUGGGCACAUUGUACAGAGAAUUAUACUCCUGGGGAGCCAAAAAUUUGAAAACAGUGAUGACUGAUGUCGGAUUCAGCGAAGAUGAAUGGGACGAAACGAUUGACAUUUGUUUAAAGCAAUUGCAAGAACGCAAAAGCUAUGAUAAGAUUCAUAGAUACUGGAUCAAGAAUUGUUGA